AUGGAUGAAGCGAGUGUUCACCGAAAGUUAGAGAUUCAAGAGUUGGAGGAGAUAAGAAAUGAAGCAUUCGAGAGCUCACACAUCUACAAAGACAAGACCAAAGCAUUCCAUGAUAAGUACCUCUCACAUAAGACCUUUGAGAUUAGUCAAAAGUCGAGAUCAAAAGUAACAAAACAGGAAAAGUGUUCAAGUAAGUUACGGUCCCGGUGGGUGGGACCAUUGAUUGUUACUAAUGUAUUUAAUCAUGGUGCAGUCGAGAUCAAAAGUAACAAAACAGGAAAAGUGUUCAAGGUUAAUGGUCAUAGGUUAAAUGUCUUUUAUGAAGGUUUCCAAGAGAAAGACAUGGAGGCAUUACGGAGCAUGGAGCAUGGAGCUUGGAUCAUGGAUCAUGGUGCUCUGGAGCAUGAAAAGAAGAUGUACUGGUCAUGCCAUGGAAGAGCAUAUGAAGACAUAACCCAAGUCAUUGUUGCAUUAUCAUCAUAG